AUGAGUAAACACGAUAUCUUCCACUCUGAGAAUGCUGUCGGCGGUGGUGCUGCAUACGGCGGUGGCAAGAGGAAGACGUGCAUGAGACAUUGUGCGAAGUUCUGGUGGCUCUAUCUGAUUGGUAGCGUCGCAGGAAUUCUUCUCGUCGUCCUACUCAUCAUCUUCGUUGCCGUACCAAAGAUUGCACAAAAGAAGCUCGAUGAUGCCGAGCUCACAGUUGACGGAAUUAUCGUCUCCAACACACAACCCAAUUCAUACAAUAUGGCUAUCAACUCGACGCUGAGAUCAGACGGUUCGGUCAAGGCCACGAUCGAGGGUUUCAACGGCAAAAUGUUCCUGACGGAUCUCCCGGGAGAAGUUGCUUUCGUGAACCUUACGUUCCCUGAGACGAAGUCAGUUAAGCUGCAGACCGUCAACAUCAGCCAGCCCAUCAACAUCGAGGACAUGCCCGCCUUCACAACCUUCAAUACUUGGCUCCAAAAUAACGAGUCUGUCAGAGUUACGGUCAAAGGCGAAACUCACAUCAAGGUCAAUGGCAUCGCCAGGCGCUACGGGGUCACUUUCAAGAACACAAUGACCCUGAAGGGUCUGAACGGCUUCAAGGGCCUCAAUGUUACGGAUAACACCAUCUCCCUUACGCCGGAUGCUCGAGGUGACAACUUCAAGGGUCACGUCUCGAUUCCCAAUCCUUCCGUCCUCACUCUGGAAAUCGGCAACGCCUCCUUUGCCAACCUUUUGAAUGGUCAGGACAUUGGCACCGUCUAUCUCGACAACCUCCUACUCCACCCAGGCAUGAACAACGUCACCAUGCGUGCCAACAUUUCCCAAGCCCCCGUCCUCGCCGCCAUGCAAAAGAAGCCCGCGUGCGAAAAUGGCAUUAUCCCCUUCAGCCUCCGCGGCAAGGACGUCACCAGCAACGGCCAGAGACUGUCUUACUUUUCCGAUGCUCUCUCCUCCGGCGAGAUCGUCACAGAUAUCAACAUUGGUGACUCGUUGAAGAAGUCCCUGAACAUUACUUUUACCUGCACUGCCUAG